CGGGUGGCGAAUAGCACCGAAGUCAACGUCGCGUUGUUGGGAGCACAACAGCAAGAGGCAAGAGCAAGCAGCCAUGUGUGUGUUUUUCGGUUGUGCUUAACAAACUAGCCAAGCCAGACAGACACCCACUCGCCAAGACGACGGCAUCGUGGUGCAGGAGACACCAACCAACCAACAAACCAACCAGCCAAGCAAGGAAGGGAGAAAGAGAGAACUUUGAAAGAGGUGAAGCGAAGUGAAGUGAAGUGGGUGGGGCAGUGCAACAAAUACCGCGAGCCAAGGCAUACAGCAGCACCAGCACAUACAGACAGCACCCUCGCAAGCAAGCCGGUUGGCUGAGCACAGCGACCACGCAGUUUGCUCAGCAACAGCCCCGCGAAACUCGAAAACGAGCAGAAGGCGUGCGUUGGGGGAAAACUUGAAUCCCUCGUCAUCCAUUGAUCCGGGUGGGGGCGGCACGCUCCAAACACACGCAUUCAUUGUUUCGCUGCCGGAGAAGAGACAGAGGCCAUGGAUGGACGCUGCCUGUUGCACGCUGGCAGCCAACAGCAGCUUGGCACGCAGCAAGGCCUUGCAGGCACCACCACAACGAGCGCAACAAGCACAGCACGCACAGCUGCAAGGCAGAAGAGGUCAACACGAAGAAGAAGAACAACAACAACAACAACAACGAGAAGUUGCCCCAUGGACAGCGGGGUGGUGAUGCAGACGUCGAAGCCAACUGAGGCUCAGACGUUGGCACCACGGUCAUGUGCAGAUGCAAUGUGCACGCCAAAACACAACACAGCACCAGCCCUGGGUUGGCUCAGAGGGGCCUUGUCCUCUUGGCUGCUUGCACUAUGUCUCUUUCUCCUCGUCAACAGCCAAGGCUCACUUGCAGCUCGAACGAGUGUGCUGGUGCGCAACCCAUCAUUUGAGUUUCCGUGGACGGGCACAUUCUCAACGACCAUCGAGGACUGGCAGCAGACGGAUGGCACGGGCGUCUUUCGACAAAACAAACAAGCCUACCCAGUUACCCUCCCCUUGCCCGCGUUUCUCAACCUCGCAUACCUCAAAGCCGGCAGCCGCAUUAGGCAAACCCUCGGCGAGCACGCGCCAGAGGCUGGCAACGUCUACCAGCUUUCUGUCUUCCUCGCAUGGCGUGCAGAUCAAGCAGACUUCCCAACAACCCGAAUCACUGUGUCAACAUCCCAAUCCAGCACGGUCAUUGCUCAGCUUGUUGUGUCUCGUGAUGACUUGAGUCCUGGCGCCGGUCUCAUCUUCACCACGCGCUCCACUGCAUUCGACGACGCCCUUCUUGGCGAGCGUCUCGUCAUCAGCAUCGAGGCCGCUGCGAGCGUCAACGCGAAACUUCAGAGCAACAUCGACGCUGUGCGGCUGCACCUGCUCACGGGCGCCGACCUCUCCACCACCACAACAACCACAACCACAACCACGACGUCAAGUGAGACGCGUGGCACGGUGGAGAUGCUCACAACGACAGAGGAGCUGUUUUCAACUGUGACGGAUGAUGUGUUGGACACAACAACAAACGCGUUGCUCACAACCACCGAGGAGCCAAUGGCCACCACCACAGACGAAGAAUCGUUAACCACGACCGAGGACAUGAUGACCACCACGGAAGAAUUGCUGACCACAACAGAAGAAUUGCUGACCACAACAGAAGCAUUCGAUACCACCACCGAAGACUUUGAAACCACCACCGACGAGUUCACCUCAUCCACCACCACAACCACCACAACAACCACCAGCACCACCACAACAACAUCUACAGGCAGCACGCUACCGCCUGGCAGUUCCCAGCUUGACGUGGCCAACCCAAGCUUUGAGGUGGAUGAUUUGGCCGGGUUCAUUGCCGUUGGUCGCGUUUCAGGUUGGGCUCGGAGCAUGGACGCACUCACAAUUCACCCAACAAGCCCGAACCUCAUCAACCCCGAUGCACGCGUCCCUGAUGGUUCGCAGGCCGUUUUCCUCCCGUCCCGCGCCAAGGUGAGCCAAGUGCUUCCAACCGAGUUUCAGGAGCUCCACCUGUACACGCUAGCCGUGUACGUCGCCGCGCGCGCAGACUUCCAGUCGUCGCCAGCACUGACCCUGACUGUCACAGACAGCACAAACACGCCACUCCUCUCCAACACCAUCUCCUCGGCUGUCAUUGCCCAGCACAGGGGUGACUUUGCACAGUACCUCCUCCAGGUGCCCAUUGCACCAGACAGUGCAGUGCUCGGCCAGAACGUGCGCAUUGCGCUGCAGGCGUCCACGGGCGAUGGCGCAGUCAUGGUGGAUGACGUGAGGGUCUACGAGCAAGUGUGCACCGCUCGCCUCUGCCCAACCCUGCUCACGACAACAGUGACCUCCACAUCUUCGUCAACCUCCACGUCUUCAUCCACGUCCACUUCCUCCUCAACCUCAACCUCCACCUCCACCUCCACCUCCACAACCACCAGCACCAGCACAUCGACAAGCACAUCGACAAGUACUUCCACCUCCACCUCUACUUCCACCUCCACCUCCACCUCCACUUCCACAUCAAGCACAACGUCGACCAGCAGCACCACCUCCACCUCAACAUCCACAUCCACAAGCACGAGCACGUCCACUUCCACGUCCUCCUCCACCUCAACGUCAUCAUCGUCGUCCACCACCACAUCCACCUCCACAUCCUCCUCCACUUCAACAUCAUCCUCAUUCACGUCUACCUCCACAACCACGUCCUCUCGCUCCACUUCAACCUCCUCCUCAACCUCCACCUCUUCCUCCACCUCAACCUCCUCCACAUCCAGCACGUCUUCAUCCUCAUCGACAUCCACAUCAUCCUCAACGUCCACCUCAUCCUCCACCUCCACCUCCACCUCUGCGGAGACCCCCAGCGAUAUCGAGUUUAUCGCACUCCUCAACAAUGACUUUGAGACCCCCAAUCUGCAGACCCCGUUUGCGUCGUCGUCCUUCAUCCCGGACUGGCAGCAGCCGAGCGGCUCGUCGGCCCUGCUCCGCCUCGAAGGCUACAUCAACCACACCAUCACCCCGAUCCUCAGCGGCCCCCAGGUCGUGCAGCUUGACCCCAACGCGUGCAUUGCGCAGCAGCGAACCAAGGUCACCAUCACGCCAGGCACCUUCUACUCAUACGUCAUUGGCGUGGCACAGGACGUGUGCUGCGACGGCCCAGACUUUGCCGGUGUGUUUGUGCAGGUGGCGCUUGGCGGAUCCCCCGUCGCCAAUUGCGCCUUUGACGCGCCCCGCCGCUUUGAGCCCGGGUACGCGGCCGAGCUCGUGUGCGGCUUUCAAGCCACCACGAUGGAGGUGUCCACGCUGGUUGUCUCCAUUUGCUCAGCAGAAGACACCGCGUUUGUUGACAACGUGCGUCUGGCUGCAACGGAGGGUGCACUUCCCGUCCCACACGAGGCAACUCGUGUCAUCGAGCCCAGACCCUCAACCACUACAAUGGCAAUGACAGCGACAACCACAACCACAACGACAACCACUACAAUGACAACCACAACCACAACCACAACCACCACAACCACAACCACCACUACGACCACCACGACUAUGGAUGGUUGUUCUGAGGUCGGAUGCGUGCCCUCUUUCGCGACAGACCACACGUUUGUGACCGCAUCUGCGUUUGAGGCCUCGUUCCUCAGGCUGGUUGAUGUGGACGGCGACGGCGACCAAGACGUGAUUGUGGUUGCAAAGGACGCACAGCAGGUGCUCUGGUAUGAGCAACAGCCAGGCAGUGUGUAUGUCCCGCGAACACUGGAUGACAGCACGCCAAAGCCUGCCCGCCUUGCAGUGCACGUGGACGCGCUUGGCGCUGUCUCCAUCGCCAUUGCCUACCCUUCGUCGCGCCUGAUUGUGCUCUUGAGCAACACGCCGGAGUCACCGUACCGCUUCUUCCGCACGGAGAUCCCCACCACGUCCAAGAUCAACCACCUCGUCUUUGAUGAUGUGGAUGGCGACGGUGUUGCUGACGUUGUUGGUGCCUCCCGCACGCGCAACGACGUCUACUGGUUCAUCGCUGCUGAUGCGUUUGCCGAGCAGCUUAAGCUGCAGGACAUUGGAGCGUUCAGCGACGCAGAAUUCGCCGACUUUGACGGGCUGGGCCACGUUGAUUUUGUGGUGACGGAUGUGCGCACAAACGAGCUUGUGGCGUAUGUGAGCAGCGAUGCUUCAAGCAUCGACAUUGUAAGCAUUUCGUCGCUGGUUGACGGCAUUGCUGUCUCCAGCGCUGAUGUGGACAACAACGGAGAGCGGGAUGUUGUCGCUGGCUCCGUACAGGGCCGCGUCGUGCUUGUGCGUGAUCCGCUCACAGCGCCCAUUGAGACAACGCUGCUUGACCCUGACGCAGACCUGCCACCAGGCACUGGGGAGCUUGUGGACGUGUACGCUGGCGACCUAAACGGCGACACGCGCGCGGAUGUGGUGGCGGUGUUCCAGGGCGGUGUGGGUGCGGUCCUGCUACAAGCCGAACCCCAAAAUGGGGAGGAUGUUGUGUUUGAGGCGCCCACAUUCUUCGUCACGUCGUACGACGCGUCGUCGCUGCAUGUGGCAGACAUGGAUGGCGAUGGCGAUCUGGACCUCGUUAUCGGCUCCACCACGGGUGUUGUUGCCGUUCACCACAGCACAUGCUGCCGUGAUGGCCCGCCCACACCAACCCCCAUCGGCGUGUGCACAGAGGAGUUUCAGGUUGUGCUGGAUGCUGAGCUCGGGGCCACUGUGGGCGCCACCAUUGUUGGCACGUGGAUAGAGAGCACUUCGCCGAUGGGAUUCUUUGGUGAUUCGUUCUACACUGCAGAUGGCGGCACCAGUGAAGCGACCAGUGUCAACUUCUUCCUCGACUCCUUGCCAGACGGGUUCUAUCUUGUGGACGUGUCGUAUGUGAGUCAGGGCGCGUCAUCGUCGCCAUCUGUGCAGUACGUGGCCUCCUCGGGCGGGCAGGUUGUCGCUGCCACCAUUGACCAGCAGUCUCCACCUGCCGAUGGCGAUGGCUGGUCCCCGCUCACCAUGGGUGCGUUUGCGGUCACGGCCACGACGGAGGACGUCAUCUCUGUUGUUGCCGACGCGUCUGCCCCCGGUGUGGUUGCCGCUGAUGCCCUUCGCAUCACACGCUGUCGCAACUACAUUCCGGACACGGACUUCCCGACUCAGAGGACUACAACAACAACAACAACAACAACAACAACAACAACAACAACAACAACAACAACAACAACAACAACAACAACCACGACAACAACAACCACGACAACAACAACCACGACAACAACGUCGACCAGCUUUCGCUUCCCCCAGCUACUGCCUGAACCCGACCCAAGCGAUGUUGGUGCCGAAGUGUGGCGCCUCAACGCCGGUGGCGGCAGCUACGUUGACAGCGGUGGCAACACGUGGAUCUCUGAUGCGGACUUUGCGCCGUUCGGGCAGACCAACGACGUUGGUGGCGGGAACAUCCAGAACACGGUUGAUGACGAGUUGUACUGGACUGAGCGCUACCGUCCGAGCCCGCAGGGGCCGCUCCUGUUUGAACUGCCCAUUGCACAGGCGGGGGUGUACCACGUGUUCCUCCACUUUGCCGAGAUUUACGCCGGCAUUUCGGGCCCCGGGCAGCGCGUGUUUGACAUUGAGCUGGAAGGGCAGCUGGCCAUCGACAACUACGACACAUACGCGGAGAAUGGCUUUUUUACGGCGGGCGUGCGCGGCUUCACCAUCGCUGUCACGGACGGAACGCUCAACGUGCAGCUCACGGGCGAGGUGCAGAACCCGCACGCGGCCGCCAUCGCCGUGUUUGAGGACGCGGGUGGCGCAACGCUGUCGACGGGCGCCGUGCCGCCACGGGGAAGCACCACCACGCUUGCCUCCGUUGCAACGGCAGCGUCAUCGUCACCGACAACCAAGGCGUCAUCACGUCCGCCAACGCAAACCGCCGCAGCAACAACAACUGCUGGUGGUGGCAUGUCCGGCACCCCGCUGCUGCGCAUCAACUGCGGUGGCCCGCGCGUCUUGUCUCUGGACGCCACCGUGUGGGAGAGCGACGCGUUUGCUGUGUCUGGCACGACGGCCGUGCACAAGGUUCGCGUUCAGCCGCCAUCCAGUGCCGUGGCCUCCACCGUCUACCAGUCUGAGCGGCAGGCGCUGCUGAGCGAGGACGAGCUGGCGUUUGCCGUGCCGGUCCGGAACGGGCUGUAUCGGCUGCAGUUCCACUUUGCGGAGACGUCCACUGCCGUUGGCCCUGGCGCGCGCGUGUUUGACCUCUACGCAGAAGGCGUUCUCGUGUACGACAACAUUGACAUUGUGCAGGCUGUUGGCUACUCCAAGGCGCUUGCUGUUCAGGUCGACGCAUUUGUGGAGGACAGCACGCUUGACUUUGCGCUCGUGCGCGUACCAACGUCAACCAGCCCUCCAAAGCUCAAUGCGUUUUCCAUCGACACGCUGCUGCUCGUUGAAUGAUUCAACGACAAUAUCCUGAACUGAACCUUAACGCUGCCCAGCUGUUAUCUUGGGGUGAGGCGUGCAUAUGGCUUAUUUUGUGUGUGUGUGUGUGUGUGUGUG